GCGCUAUUUGAUUUACGUAAGGGACGUUUUACCGCAGUUAGGAUUGAUGGCAUCUUCAUAAAUUGGAAAGUUUAAAGUUGCUGGCCGCCCUCGUCCCGGCGAAAACAUGACACACAAAUGAUGUUUAACAUUUCUAUAGAUGGAAGUUCAUUCUCUAAAAAUUUGGAGGACUUUGACUCCAUUCGCAGUGUUCUCCUUUACAGGCAGUGGCCAGCUUUGCCAAAGAGGGAGUGUCUCCCCCUCCACACACUUAUCCAUCUCUACUCCCUUGUGCUUAUCAUAGAUUUGGGUGACUUGGAACCGGAGUGGUUGGAUGACAUCCAGAAGAAUGGCGAGCUUUUCUACCUGGAGCUGAGUGAAGGCGAAGAGGAGGCUGCUUUGGUCCAAGCUGCCGCCAAUCAAGGCGUGUCCACUAAUCAUGUUCGCUUUAGCGAAAAAGAGGCAGAGGUUAUCACAGAGCAAAACAAGAAGCAGCGGUGCGGUUCACGGACGAAAGGUGAGCCCGCACUUAAAAGGCUAGCCAGGAUCCUGAGGAGAAAACGCCGGCCUUCUCAGCGCAGAGGAGGAGGGAAAGAUGGGGGUAAAGACAACUCCACCUUAUCAUCACGUCCAGCGUCCAUCCUGAAGAACCAGCCAGGUCAAAGGCAGGGUGUGACGGUUCAGCAGCAUCAGCUGAAGGAAGUGUGUGUCUACCUCAACCCAAAGCGUCUUGGAGGUUCAUCAGCACCUCUCUCUGAAAGUGGAGGCCUGCUGAAAGCGCUGCUCGGGGUGGUGCAUUGCCCCUCCUGGAGCCUCAGAGGGCAGGGAGACCCUGCAGGGGUCAGACAGGAGGAAAGACUGACUAUACAUGGAUUAAUACCCAACAGCCCGGCCAUCAAAUGUGGCCAAAUCCUAAUUGGUGACGUGCUUGUAGCAGUGGACGACGUGGACGUGACCUCGGAAAACAUCGAGAGGGUUCUGUCCUGCAUCCCGGGACCAACACAGGUGAAGCUGACCAUGGAGACGGUGGCUCUGGUAGACGGCAGCAGUGCUAGCGACACUUCAUCAGUCCGUAAGACGAAGGCCUCUCCGCCAGUCAGCCAGCUGGUGCGUCUGCUGUGGGGGGAGGACACAGCCGAACUUCAGAUGUCCAUAGGACACAUCCCACACAUUGUCAUGUACCUCUCACUUAAACUGGACUCAGCAUCACCACAGGAGGAGGAGGAGAUCUUGUACCAGUACCCGGUGUCUGAAGCAUCCAGCCAGCUGAAAGGAGUGAGGGGGAUCUUCCUCACGCUGUGUGACAUGCUGGAGAAUGUCACCGGAGGGCAGAUAAUCAGUUCUUCUCUCCUGCUCGGGAAACACCUGGUACACGUGGGCUACUGGAAGGAAAGCAACAACCUGUUGGUCAUUGGUCUUCCUGCGGAGAGGGUUCCACUGCUGUAUCUGCAGACGGUGGUGGGAGACGUAGUCCGGACGCUAAAAGUGAUGUACGGCUCCUUGGACAGUGCUUUCAGGAAGGCAGACCACGCUCCCAGGCUGGACCAUUUCUUCUGCCUGUUUUUCCAGCAGCUUAUCCAACCAUCUCGCUUGAGGGAAGGCUCCUCAGCCCCGCCCCCUGACGUCUCAGGGACCCUUUUCCUCGAUGCACUGCCGGCGGUCCGAUGGCUCACGCUGCCUCCGGAAAUCAAGAUGGAAGUGGAUACUGUCCUCUCUGAUUUCGAGUCUUCUGAUUUUGGAGAAAUGUCGGAGGACUUUUUUGGCCUGAGGCGUCUGUAUGUAAUCCUCGGCUCCUGUUUGUUCUACAAGUCCUACCUGAUCGCCAACCACCUUCCCAAAGAGGACCUGCUGGAUGUGUGCUUGUACUGCCAGCACUACUGCCUGCUGCCGCUGGCGUCUGAGCAGCGGGUGGGUCAGCUCGUCAUCUGGAGGGAGGUGUUUCCCCAGCAGAGAGCUAACUGCGGCGGCGGCACAGCGCCAGGCUACAGCCAGCCUCACGGAAGACACUUCCUCCUCAUAGUGGGGCUGAGGCACUUCAUGCAGUGUGUGCUGCUGGAAGCAGGUGGCUGUGCUUCACCAGCUUUGGGCUCUCCAGGACCUGACUGUGUUUACGUAGAUCAGGUGAAGGCCACCUUGCUGCAGCUGGAGGUGUUGGAGGCAGGUAUUGAGGAGCGUCUGAACGCUCCGCCUGCUCCCUGCCUGUCCUGUGCAGACUGGUUCCUCCCCGCCGCCACGGCCCGCGACCGCCUGGACAGCUUGGCCUCCUCCUCACCCAUCUUCAGCAAGCUAGCCGGGGCAGUUAAAGGCUCCUCCACAGGGUCCAGAGCCCGCAGCCUGUUCGGGGAGAAGGCCCAGAGGUCCAGCCUCCAGAGGAGCCUGUCGGACAGCGGCAGUGAAGGACAGACGGAUGCUGGGUCGGGGUCUGGUUCAUCAGUGGCUCCAGGCCUCAGUCCACAUUCCACCCCGGACUCAGCGAGGAAGCUAGGGGGGCGACGGGACUCGCUGGGGUCUGGAGGGUCUGAUGGGAGUGGAGGCAGCGGAGGCCUCUUUAAGAUUUCCAGGAUGAAGCACCCAAACCCUUUCUACCUGGGCACCCUGAAGAAGACCCUGACUGAAAGGGAGACGGAGGAGAUGUAUAACACAAUGAAACUAACCUCUGGCGCGGAGAACACCUUGUUCCACUACGUCCUGAUGGAGACAGUUCAGGGGAUCUUCAUCGCUCCUACUCACAGAGAGGUGGCUCAGCUCAGCGGCUCCAUUCACCCACAGCUCAUCCGCAACUUCCACCACUGCUGCCUCUCCAUACGGGCUGCUUUUCAGCAGAGCCUGCCAGCCAGGGGUCGUAGGGCUGCAGACAGGCCUCAGGGCGCUGGUUGGGGUCUGGGUCCUGUGAAGGAACACGGAGUUCUGUUCCAGUGUAAACCUGAGAACUGGACCGACCAGCGGAAACCUGCUCCCACCAUGACUUACUGGGUUAUAGGACGGAUGCUGCUGGAGCCUGUCCCUCAGGAAUUCUACGUGUGUUUCCACGACUCGGUGGCAGAGGUUCCCGUAGAGAUGGCCUUCAGACUGUCCUUCGGUCUGGCCUUGUGAUGACUCAUCUUACUCUUAUUAGAUCAGUGACGAUGACGGACACGCAAACUACAACAUUUCUUCAACUGCUGAAGCAUUGUAUUCUCAGGAAACAGUUCAAUCUCUGGUGUUUGUGGGAGCCUAAUCUUACCGGGGGGGCUACGUGGAGUCUGAAUCUUGUGCCUCCAUUUCACAGAUGAUAAUCUGCAGAUAUUAGCAGAGCGUGACCGUUACAGCAGUGAUAAGCAAAUAGCAUGCCUAUUUGCUUUCCUGGGGUUCAAACCAGUUCAUUUCUGUGCUUUGUUGCGCACAGGGCUUCACGUGUGUGCGUUUGUGCAGAUGAAAAGCCACUUAAUCAGUGAAUACCUCAGACACUUUGGUGUAAAUCUCUGAUCAGACGAGAGCUUUCAGUGAGAACGUAACGUUUACAAAGCUGCACCAAUAAAAAUGACACAUCUCCAUGUUGACAGAGUAAAUAAGUUUUUGAUUUCCACUUGUUGUAUGCAGUGUUGGAGAGGCGUUUCACUUGUUACUUAAUUUAAGAUGUACAGUUUUUGUAUGGAAAUGGAGUCAUUUGUUACAUUUGAGAUUAAAGAAGCAAUGCAG